CACGCCAGUAAAAAUAACCACGUAACUCGUCCCAAGGUUCGCGGCGUUUAAAAUAUCGCGUCCCGAUCGGGCAUCAAGCUCAGUUCAGUAGCGAUACGGAAUCUGUUCGGAACAGUGCGCGACGAAACAAACGUCGUAGACGUAUUUCGAGGCUUGAGACUUGAAAGUUUUUUUAGUGUGAGUCUUCUGUGUUAAUUUUGUCUGUGAUUUCGACUGAUUUACUCGUACCAAAUGAUAUAAUAAUUCCUUUAAAGUAUUAAGUGAUUUUUUGUACGACUUUUUAAAAAGAAAACAGAUUACGUAUUUUGAACUGAAGAAGAAACAAGAAGAAGCAAGAAGAUAGAAACCAAAACAGACGCAAGCAUCAAUCAAGCAGCGAAGCCACUCGAAGUCAAGGCGUCGUCGUAGGAAUCAAUCAAUGUUCUGUUAAACCGUGUCUUUCAAGUUUAGUCCAGCGAAUACACAUAUAAUAUUUAUACAUACAUAGAAUAACAUAGAGAACACGUCUCAUCAUGCAUAUUGAAGUACAAGUAGCGCUGAAUUUCGUGAUAUCGUACCUAUACAACAAACUUCCCAGACGGAGAGUCAACAUAUUCGGCGAGGAGUUGGAAAAAGCUUUAAAAGACAAAUUCCAGGGUCACUGGUAUCCCGACAAACCCUUCAAAGGCUCAGCGUUCCGAUGCCUGAAAACGGGCGAUCCCAUCGACAAGGUCCUGGAAAGGGCCGCCAGGGAGAGCGGAGUGCCCAUCCAGGACAUCCUGGAGAAUCUCCCGCAGGAACUGGCCGUGUGGGUGGACCCUGGCGAAGUUAGCUACAGAAUCGGAGAGAAGGGAGCUGUGAAAAUACUGUUCAGUGAUAAGGCGGACCCUCAGGAGGACCAUUCGGCUGAUAGAGAGGUGACCAAAACCUUCAACCCGGAAGCUCAGUGCUUCAGGCCGAUUGACUCUGUCAGCUGCAGUCUGAACAACCUCAGCUUGUCGCCCAGCAAGUCACUGACGCCCUUUGCCAACGUAGCUCCUGGAAAUCCAGUAGAACCCCAGAUCCAGGGCCAGGCAGUGACUCAGAAUGGUGCUCAGCCUUUGCCCAACAAUCAUCUGAACUCAAACUCAACAGCUCCGUCCCCGACAUCCAUGGGCAACUCGUUCAAAGGCUCGCCAUCGCCGGUACCCACUUUCAUACCCAGAACCACCACGCCACUGACCUUCACCACCGCUACAUUUGCUCAGACGAAAUUCGGCAGUACCAAACUCAAAACCAGCAGCAAAAGAGCCAACAGAAUGUCACCGACGGAAUUCUCCAACUACAUCAAACAGCGCGCCAUGCAACAACAAAUGCACCAGCAACCCCCGCACCACUCCCCAGGCAGCCGAGCUCUGUCCCCCGACCCCUCCGCCUAUUACUUCCCACCGCACGGCCACUAUCCCCCUCCCUUUCCCCCAAGGUCGGUGUUCGAGUCUUCCAACCAGUUCCUGAGCCCUGGGGACCUCUAUCCCCCCACCAAGAGCAACCCGUUGAGUUUCCCCUUCGAUAACUCCCCCUUCGGACCGUUCUACCCCAACAACAACACUACCGGCGGUAUGAACGUACCCCCCAGCGGCGGAAUGGGGUCCAACGGUGCGCAGAACAAGGACUUGCUGGAGAACAACUGGGGUUAUGGAAAUGCAGGACAGUACCAACACUUGCUGGUGGCUAAUUGAGGUGGGAGCUAGGUAGAUGGAGGCGUCUUGCGAUUCUAUUGUGUCUUUCUGCGAGGAUGGGAGGUUUUUAGUGGUACUAUGAAGGUUAUGUCUAUGAAGAUAACGUCUAAAUCUAGUUAUAAGCUAGAAAUCACAAUAUGUUUUGAAGACUUGGAAUAUUAUAAAAAAAACUAUAACAACUUCCUUUUUUAUCGGUCCCUAUAGAAAACUGGGAAGAUUAUUAUACAGGGACAGACCGUACCCAGUUUCCUUUUUGUAGUAACAUUUUAAACCCCCCAAAAAACUAUUUUAAAAGAUUACCUGAUUAAAUAAUAAAAAUUCCUAAACAUAUGACGUUAUCUUUGUAGAAAUUGAUUCAAAUUUGACAGCUCUGUAUUGGGUUUGCUUCUGUAACUUAUACAGUACUGCUCAAAAAAAAACCUGAAAGGAAUGAAACCAAAACCUAAUUCAAAACUGUUAAAUUUUUCAACUCCAUAUUUGUAAAAAUACUAUUUUGUAUGUUUGUACGCUCACUUAAAAUUUUCAUCUAUCUUAAAGUUUUAUAUUUUGUGUUCUACUGAACCGAUUUUGGUGAUUUUUUAAGCAAUUUGUAGCUAAAUUAACUGACUCUUUCUAAAUUAAAAAUGAUGUUGUUGCCAUCUGUCAAUUAUACGAUGGAAAACAAAAUGUUGAUAUUUUGGUGAAAGUUUCAAACACCCUGUUUAAAAUACCUUGCUUUGUUAACAUAUUCUAGAGGGUGUUUCAAACUUUCACCGAAAUAUGAACCUUUUGUUUUUCCUGGUAUAAUUGACAGAUGGAAACUCUUAAUUUUAAUUUAGAACGAGACACUAAAAAGUUAAAUAAUUUAUCUACAAAUUGUUUAAAAAAUCAUCACACAAAAUCGGCCCACUAGAACAAAAUAUGUUAAACUUUAAAAUACAUUCAGCAGGUCUGUCUAGAAAAAAAAACGAUGUCGUAGUAAGCGUAGUAUGGUUAUCUAUACAUCACAGAAAUCAAGAAACAUACAAAAUAGUGUUGGUUUUUUUAUUUGUAACAAAUCGAAUGUACAAAAAAAAAUAGGAAAAAAAGAAAACCAUAUAUAGUUCUUGUGGAUUUUUAUAUUUGUCUUAGUUGAAUAGUUCCUACUUUUUAUAUUUGCUUAAAUUUGAUAUUUUUAUUUGUUAUUUUUUUACGUAAAUUAAUCGAGAGUAACGCAUAGUAAUUGAGUAAAUUUGUAAAUAUAUAUAGUAUAAUAAGUUUCUUUAUAACGGGAAAAAAUAUGUCGAUGCAGUAACCAGUAAAAAAAGUUCCACUUCUCUUGGAACCAGUGAUCUCUCUAAUAUUAAAAUAAUUUGUACAUAAUGUAACUUAUAAUUAUUUAUACAUAACAUAUACAUAUUUUUGUAGGAAAAAAAUUCUAGUAUUUCUCACCAAGGUAAAAAUGAAAAAAUAUACCGGAAAAAGUGAAAACGAUGGGAGAAAAACAAAUAUAUUUUUCUUAAUGGGGAAAUUUUUGUCGAGUCCUAACCUCGUCUAGAUAGAUAGUCUAGAUGGAAGUUUCAUUAAAUAAUACGGGACGCACACUGGCAGGAUUGUUGUAUGUUUGAUACGUCCAUCUUACUUGAUUUUGUCAAUUUUUUACUCAAAAUUAAUCAUUAUUAUAAGGAAUUUUUUGAUCUAAUAAAAACUAUAUAUACAGGGUGAGUCUUAAAUAAGGGCGCAUGUUUUUAGAACUGGUUAAUCUCGAUAAAAUAAACAUAUUUCUUCUUUGCCAUUUUUCAAAUAGGUAAGUCUAAAAAAAGAGUUAUUUUACUGUUACUAGUUUUUGCUUAAAUUUUGAGAAUCACUAAUUUUUUUUGGUUAUCUUUUCUCUAAAUAUAAUCUACUACCUAUGUUGAGAGAUCAUCAAGAUAUUAUGUUUUUUAACUGACAAAAAAACUACAUUUUUUUCGAAAAACAAAAAAUAUUCAAUAUUUCUUUGGCGAAAAAAACUUCACAACAUGUUCUUGGGAUCGAAAUAUACCAUCCUUAAGAAUAUGUGCACUUAAUUAAGACUCACCCUGUAUAUAGCGUCGAAAUUCUUCAAACAUAACAAAAUAUUUGAAAACAUUUUUAAGAUAACAAUAUUAAAAAUACAUAUUUCCAACAAAAAAAGAUUUUGUUUAACUACACCAAAGAAUAAAACGUUUCAUCCACUGAAUAAAAGACUCAGUAAUAAGUAUAAUAUCAAGUUUUGACACAAUAUUUUCCAGAUUUAUAUACCUUGCAGAAAAUUAAUUAUAAAUCAACAUUAACUACGACUGUAAUUAUGAAUGUAUUGAACUUGGAAUAUGUUACUGAAUCAGUAACAUAUAAGUUUGUCGGUGUGUGGCCCCCCUUAUAAGUUCGAACUCUUUAAAAUGGUUUUUUUUGCGAGGAAAAAAAUCGUAGUAGGUUAUUUUUUAUACGAGAACAUCACCAAAAACUUUUAUAUUAUAGGAAGGAGAAAGACAGUAGUAGAAUCAUUAGAAUCGCUUCUGAAAUUGAUCAGAAAUAGAUCAUGACUAUUUCGCCCAAGUAACGGACAUGAAAAUGAUAGAAAUCAUCCAAAAAAGCUUGAUAUAUUAUAAUUAAAAUAUACUUUUAGAUUUUUAUAAAGAAGAAAGUAGGAAUUUAGAAAGUUUAUAUAUAAAUAUAUAGAUGUUUCUUACUUUAUAUAUGGUGUUUACAGUAUUCGAUACAUAGUGUAGCCUAUAAAUAGUGCGUUUCCAGUGAAGAUUUUUUAUAUAUCGUAUGUAUUUUUUUUAUUUUUGUAUAUGAGAACGAGAUAUAUAUGAUUAAAAUGAUAGAAAAAGCUCAAGCUAUCAUCUAGUCCCCCAAAAUGUUAUAAUCCUUUUUUUUAAAUCGAUUAAUGUGUAGGGCAUAUCAAUAUAAAAUACUAUAUAAAUAUAUGAUUAAACUUAGGAAAAACUUAGAUACCAGAAAUAUACUUAGUAACGAAAACAAAGAAGAUCGCAUAAUAUUAUGCUGACAGAAACCAAAAACUAUUCUUGGUUUCUGUAAAUCAGUCUUCUAGGUCUGAAUAUGAUGAAAUUUCAUAGAAAAAAAAUAGUUCAUGACGUUAUAACGUUAUACUAAAUACCUAAUAUGAUCUGUUUUAAGAUUGUGAUAUAUCUUUUUUAUUUGUGCUUUAUUUUUUUAACUUAUGAACUCUUGUAAACUCAUGAACUGUUUUUUUUCUACUCUGAGGCAAAUUUUUAGGUUUUUACAUCUUUUAGGGGUUGAAACCACUCAAAAUUAGUUAAAUAAUUUUGUCCUUUAUAUGUUUUACCCCACCUUCUCCUAUUAUUGAUUAGUUUUUUUGCCUCAAAACCCAGUAUUGCCCUAUAUGUAUAAUAUAGAGCAUGGUCUAGAUAGAUGUGCUUUUUGUUUCUUAUUAUUAUUAUUAUUAUUAAUUUUAAGAAAAGAUACGCUAUUUUUUACUGCUUUGAUUUUUUGUUACUUUUUCACCUUUAUUUUUUACUUUGU